AUGUCCUCGGACCCGCGGCUCCCCUCCGCCCCUGGGGGUGGAUCAGGCCAGGGCCAGGGCUCACUGCAGCGUGCCGUGCCACGUCCAUGUCCUCCUCGCCCCGCCGGUCUCCCCCAGGACUACCAGAACCUGCCCAUCGACAUCCAGACCAGCAAGCUCCUGGACUGGCUGGUGGACAGGAGACACUGCAACCUGAAAUGGCAGAGCCAGGUGCUGGCGAUCCGCGAGAAGAUCAACGGGGCCAUCCAAGACAUGCCGGAGAACGAGGAGAUAAAGCAGCUUCUCGCAGGGUCCUACAUCCACUACUUCCACUGCCUGAGGAUUGUGGAGAUCCUCAAGGGCACUGAGGCCUCCACCAAGAACCUCUUUGGGCGCUACUCGUCCCAGCGCAUGAAGGACUGGCAGGAGAUCGUGUCCCUCUACGAGAAGGAGAACACCUACCUGGGUAAGGCAGCUCCCUCGCUGCUCUGGCUUUCCCCAGUGGGCUCUGGAAAGGCUCUUGGGAGUGUCCAUGGGGUUCUCGCCCCUCAGGGAGACAACGUGCGCCAGGAGCUGCUGGCCCUGGUGAAGGACCUGCCAUCGCUGCUGGCGGAAAUUGGGGUGGGAGCCGGUGCGCUCUCCGAGGCCAUCGAGCUGUACCAGGCCUGCGUGGAGUUUGUGUGUGAGAGCUCCACAGAGCAGGUGGUGCCCCUGCUGCGUCACAUGGUGAAACGAGGCAACACGACCGUCUAUGAGUGGAGGACAGGGCUCGAGCCCACGCGGGUGGAGCGGCCAGAGGUGGAGGAGGUGCCGGAGCAGCCGAAGGAGGAUGCGAUUGACUGGGGAGACUUCACGCUGGAGCCAACCAUGGUCACUGAUGGUGCCGCUGCAGACGGGGGAGCCCAGGGUGAGGAGAUAGACUGGGGGAUCGAGCUGGAGCCCAGCCCGCAGCAGGAUGAUGGCAUCGACUGGGGAGAUAGUGAAAGCGAUGGGGUGCAGAUCACAGUGCUGGAGGCUGGCACCGAGGUGCCGGAAGGGGUCGCCCGUGGCGCUGAUGCCCUGACACUGCUGGAGAACCCCGAGACCCGGAGCCAGUUCAUCGACGAGCUCAUGGAGCUGGAGCUGUUCCUGUCGCAACGCCUGGUGGAGAUGGGUGAGGAGGCGGACAGGUCCUGGCUCUCCUGGUACAGGUACGUGGACCGCGUGAGUGAGCUGCUCCGGCAGAAGCUGAAGCAGGCAGAGCUGCUGGUGGUGAAGAAGGAGAUGAUGAGCCAGAAGCGGCAGGAGGCGCUGGCAGAGCAGGGGGCCUUGGAGCCCAAACUAGACCGCCUGCUGGAGAAGACCAAGGAGCUCCAGAAACUGAUCGAAGCAGAUGUCUCCAAGCGUUACAGCGGGCGACCGGUGAAUCUGAUGGGUGUCUCCCUGUGAGCCACCCCUGGAUGGCAUGGGGACAGGGCACCAUGGAGAGGGGCCCGCUGCAGCCCUGCUUCACUACCGGCCAAUCCCUGCUGGAGCUAGUAACACAGCUGCGGUCUCACCAUGGGUUUGACAUUGUUGAAUAAAGCCGAGGCCCUUCUCCCAUGCA